AUGCCAACGACGUCGACGACAAGUUCAGAAGCGCGACAACCGCGGGAGGCGGAGGAAGUGUACAUUCAUAUGCAUCGCAAUUUUCGCGCCUCCCGCAAUGUUCGCGCCCAUUGGCUGCUCCACAAUUUGUGGGGCACCACGAGAAUUGCGGAUGAUGAUUUUAAGGGCGACGAUUUCUCCACCGAGCUGACCGUCGUUGGAAUUGUGCCAAAAGGCGGCGACGGGAAUGAGGUGGUCGUUGGAGAGGACUUUCAAGUCACCGAUAAUACAAAAAUUAUUUAUAUUUCUCGAUACUAUCGUCAUGUCUAUGUUCUUGAUUUGAGCCCGUCGACAAUUGUUGCGGACGAGGAAACCGAUAGCUGCUUGUGUACGCGAAUCAUGAAGAGCUUGCGUACGGUGAUGAGCGCCACGGCCAAGGGCUUCAUCAUUCCGGGAACCGCGCGACGAUUCCAGCCGCAAAUCUAUCUCGCCGUUGUCGUUUUUGUGCCGUUCUUGAAGUUUGAGCACGAAAUGACGAUGCUCGAAGGCGUCCUGUUGACCGAAUCGAACGUUUCGGAAGUGGCCGAUUUGAUUCAGACGAAAUUUCAAGUGCUCUUCAACAAAUACUAUAAUUUCGCGAAGCCGGUGCUCACCGAAUGGAACAAAAUGAAGAAGACGCGUUAUGGCGGCGAGGCGGCGUCGAGUUCGGCGAACGAUUCGACACCAACGAUGAGCGAGGCUUCGUCGGCCGAUGUGCCGCCGGAAAUACCGCUGAUCGAUGUGGAGGAGCGGCCGCGGCGAAUCGCGCCCAAGCCCGUCGAGAAGCCGCUGAGCAAAAAGGAUCGAAUGAGCACGGUGAGAUACAAACGCGGAAUAUGGAAGGUGACGAUUGAGCCGGAAGCGGCGGCGACUUGUAUGCUCACCGGCGAUGGCGGCUACAUUCAGCCGGAAUGGUCGCUGAUAUUCAUGCUGCGGCUCGGAUUGAUCGCGACACAAAUGUUGCCGGAGAACACGCAAUCAAACCUCAUCGUCAUCACUGAUGGUGUGUGCGGGAUGCCGGAUGAGCGAGCGCUUCAGCAAUUGCUCACCCAACUUCGAAGCUACACCAUUGCCUGCUCAUUCGUUCAGCUUCAGCGUCAAGCCUGCAAUGAAUCCGUGUUCGGGCACGUCGGCUCGUGCGAGCUCCUUCGAUUCCUGUCGACGGCCACGUUUGGAAGCUAUUUGCCGUCAUAUGGACCCGAAACCUUCUACAACGACAACGCUUUUGGAUACAUGUGCGAGGAGGAUGUCGACGUGCGUGUGGCGAAGACGAUCGCAGAGAGCAAUAUGAACAUUUAUCAUCGAUCGUUGGUUUGUUGGUCGUUUCGCAGCGCGCUGUCGGAGAACUCUUAUAUCAAUGAAGCGUAUAACCGAAUUAAUCCCGAAUUUGUCAAUUUACAAAAAAGAUGUAUGGAGACGCAUCGUCGAUUCCGAAUGACGCAUCGCGCCACACUCAACCAGUUGCUGUACGUUCGACUUCGCGAAGGGUUCACAUUGAAGAGGAUCGAAUUCCAUCCGGAGCUCGAGAAGGUCACCGUCACACUUUGUAUGGUGUUCCGACCGCUCGUCCAUAUUGAUUAUGUGAUUGUGGCGCCGUGGCCGACACCGUCAACCGUCAAACAGGACAUCAUUGUGGAGCUCGUCAUUCAAGCUCCCUACAACGAGCUCAAAGACUUGCUGGUGGAUGGCAAAUAUUUGGAUCCGGAGCGUUUGAAUUUGACGAAGAGCGCAAUCGAUGGAAUAAUCGAGGCCGAUCGGAUUCUCAUUCAUCUUCACAAUUUUGACGUGAAUCCGCACUUCUACACGAUUCCGACUGGCGUUUCGAUCGAUUACGCGCUGUUCGGAAGCUAUCAGAAGAACGCGAAACGAUUGCCGCCGAUUUGUCUCGGAAAACACGACGAGAACUCGACAAAAAGCUUCAUCGGCUUCUGGCGUGUCCUUCUCGACAUGCAGGAUGCUGCAUGGCAGCGAUGGGUUCACACGCAUUCGGAGCGCGUCCUUCUAACACCGCAUCGUGUUCCGUUCGAGGUGUUCAGCAUGUCGUCCUACUAUCGUUUUGAAUGCUACACGGCGCUGAAUCGCCUCUAUUCGAUGAUCAAAGCGCAGAGCUCGUUCUGUCUCGUCGCUAAUCACACCUAUGUGACAAUGGUGUAUCGCGAUGACGCCACCGACGGCGAUCCGCCGGCAUUCUUCUAUCUGAAGCGAAUUUGCAACGACGCGCCGUUUCUGGUCAUCAAGACGGCGUUCCUCGGCGGCAUUCGAUCGGCGUUGCGGCGUCGCAUCGUCGAUAGUCAACGAGAGCGCCUAUUGAAGAUUGCGCUUCGCGGCAAAAUGACGGAGCCGAGAAACGAUUUCAGCAAUUUGAACGCGCUUCACAUCAUCAGACGGCCGCUGGAGAAGAUUCUCGUCAGAUACAAUUAUAUACCGGAGGAUUUGCGGCAGAUUGCGCGCAUCAAUGAGACGACGCUUGACGCCGACGAGAUUCGAAUCAUCACACUUCAUAACGCGAUCGCGAAAACGUUGUGCUGCCGCCGACAGGUGUUGAUAUUGUCGCCGCACAAUUUCGCCGAAGGCGCCUGGAUGAUUCGUCCCGCCGCCGAUUUCAUUCUCAACGUCAUUCUCCAGAAGCGGCUGGUGAAGGAUCGAUAUCGUCCCGCGUGGAGCAAGAACAACAUUUUCUCGAUGGUCCGCCAAGUGUACAACUCGACGGGCAGCUCGCUCGAGCAAUACAUCAUGUUUCCGCCGAGCGAGCUUGAAGGCGAAGACGACGCGCCGUUGUCGAAGCGCACCGUCACAAUGGGAUUUCGACCCGAGAAGCCGAUACCGCGACCGACGAAAGAGGUGACGCGUGCGUUGGCGUUGGUCAGCGAGUUUUGGUUCGAGCCGAAUGUUCCGGAGCUCGCCGGAUUCCAGAUGCAAUUGGAGAAUCCGCCAUUGGAAUAUCGACACGACGAGGACCUUCAUAUCACUUCAGUUCUAUUGACGAUCGACCGAAUGAUUUAUGCGUGCAGCUUGAAAACGGCAUUGGAGAAUAUCGAUAAAGAAAAAGAGAUCGACGUUCCGAUCAUGUUCCCCGAUCACUUUGGUUGUCGUCGAAUCGGACCCGACGAGAUGACGAAAAUUCGAAUGUCGCGCAAACUCGACGAUCUCGUCAAAUCCGAACAAGUGUCGGAGUUUGUCAAAGUGCACACCAACAUGUUCUCAUUGGAGCGUUUGAUGCGCAAUUCGGAGAAGAAGCUGUUCAUGCUGAAGCAUUUCAUGAGAAACAAUUACGAUGUGCCGUUGUGCCAGCAGAUGGUGCUGAACGCGGUUCAUUUCCAAUUGGAUCGAUGCUUCGAUGUCUAUUGGGAUAUGAAUCGGUCAGAGAAUGAGGCGAUCCUGAAAUAUCUUCGCCGUCGACGAGAUUAUGAGCGCACCAAUUUUCGCCUCUACGCCAAAGGUUUGACGCCAUGGAGUUUUGUGGUGGUCAUCAUCGCGGCGCCGGUUCAACGCAAUGAUAGUCUGUGUCGCGGGAUUCCGAUGCUGUGCGCGCAUAUCAACGAGGGUCAGACGGCGUAUUGCAGCGCGUUCGAGCAUUUCGACGACGAGGGCAUCGUCAGCGUUUCGGCGGAUGACGUUCCGGCGGAUUGGUUCACGAAUUCGCGAACCGGAUGGGCGCCGUACAAUUCGAUGGGCUUCUCGGAGAGCGUCACCGACAUUUCGAGUUUUGUCGCGUUCAUGGAGCAGGAUUUGUUGUCGAGGGCUCGAAUCGCCGCAUUGUUCGAGACGACGCGUCGAAACAUGUGCGUCGAAGAGGAGAAGGUGUUCUCGAUGACGAGCGACAUCAUUUUCAAUGAGGUCGAAGUCGAAUCGCUUCCCGAUGCGUUCCUCGCCUUCUGCACACAUCUCCAAUCCGACGUCGAAUGGCCGUCGUACAAAUGGUGUAGUCGUGAGACGAACAUCGAUACGAUGCUUCAAGAAGCGCUCAAAAAGUCGUUCAUUCCGGUGCCAGGCGCUCGGAACCUGUUCUUCGCGAAACAGAAGGAUCGCGUGCCGUUGAACGCCGAUGUCUCGUAUCUCGGCAUCAGCGACGCGAAUCUGCCGAUGUUCAUCCAAUUCCAGUGUUGCGUCGAGUAUCCGAACAAGGACGUCGAAACGUUUCCGGUGAACUUCAUUCCGACGUGCAUUUACCAAGUGCUCAAUCGAUGUCGACAUAUUCCAAAGCAGCCGUUCGACAUUCGCAAACUUCGCGUCUCUCUUGACAUUCUUGUCAAGUCGAACGAGGAGUUCACUGGAAUGACGAUUGAUCAGACGGUGUUCGAUAUUCUCUCGUUUAGCAAUCCGAUUGUGCAAAGAAUACGCGCCCGGAAGCACCGCGAACGAUUGGAUACUAUGAAUGAAUUGAGAGAGCGCCUCGAGGAGGGCAGCAACGGUUUGACGCGCAAAGAGCGACGCCUUCUCCUCUAUCUCACGAACACACUUGACGCGCUACUGGUGCUGGAGAAGAAGCUUGUCUUCACACGACGGCCCGACAUUGACGGCGACUCGGUGCGCGACAUGUGUCGAUACAUCAACAAAUUGAUCGGCAAGAAGCCGCGAACGCAAGUCGACAAACGCAAAAAGCCGCUGUCGUUUGUGAUACCCAGCGAUCGUGCGAAAGACAUGUUUCUGAAUAAGCUCGAUGGUUUGGAGGUCGAGUAUUGCAAGUUGCGGCGAUUCGCCGGCACCGGAUUGUACUACUCGUCGCACGUUGUCAAUCCGUUGAAGUUGGCGCGAAUGGUGCCGAAGGUGGCGAAUGAUGUCACCGGUCGCGACGUCAUCAACGACUUCUGGCUGAUCCUCAAAAUUGGCAACAGCAUCACGAUGUACUUCUUCCAGCGUUACAAUGAUGUCCAUUCGAUGAUCAUGGAAUCGUUGUGGCGCGGUGUGCGCGGUGUGUUGCGAAGCGUCAAUCAGGAGCUCCUUCUCGAGCGAAUGUUCGAGACGCGCGAAUGCGACGAUCUGCUGGUGAACAAAGAGGACGAGGAGUUCGACAAUGAUUCGCAGAGUGUGUCGGCGUCGGUGAUCUCCGAGCCGCCGUCGAUCAUCAACGAGGCGUUUCGUUUCGAGUAUUCGGCCGGCUAUUUCGCGUGCAAAAUUCAGAAGACCAUCUGGCUUCAUGUGCCGCAGCGUUUGCGCGAGCGAAGCGUUCGCGAGAAGAAGCCGCACCUCUCGUUGGGCUUCGAGAAGCUUCGCAAUUGCCUUCAGGAAUAUGGUGUUCGCAAUAUGCGCAAUAUGUUCAUAAUGAAAGAUGAGGCGCACAAUUGCCAUAUGUACAUGCAGCUUCAUAUGACGCCGGAGACGUACGCGGCCGCGCAUGAAACGAGCAAAUCGACGAGAAAACAAUCGUUUUCGAUUGAGGAGAAAUUGGAGACCGACAUCGCGCUGACGAUAUACGCGAUCGAGCCGAUUGACGACGAAUUUUGCCGUCAACUGUCGAGCGCAUUACAGAUCAAGCUUUACCAUGCUCUGACGGAUGAGAUUCUUCGCGGAUUCUUGCACAAUCGCGAGCUCGCGCUAUUGAGCUGCGAGAUUCCGUACCUUCAGCCGAUCGACAACGAUCCCGACUCGCGCGUCUUCUACUCGAUUCCAUCAAUUUUCGGCACGUUCCUCACACCGAUCAUGCAUUUCGUCAAUCAGCAUCUGAGCUCGCUCAAUUAUAUCGCGCCGGUGAACGUGCGAGACGAUUCGAUUGGAUCGAGAUCGUCGUCGUUCUCGUCGCGAUCGACGAUGAUGGCGAAGAACGACGAGAAGCAAGAAGCGAUGAAGCGCACGAGGCUUCACGUUCAUCCGGCGUAUCGCGGUGUGAUUCCAUUGGACUACAAUGAUUCGAAGUUCAAGCUUCAUCUGAAGUUGCCCACCGCUGGAGUGACAUCUGUCGGAAUUGCGAUCGUCGAGUUCCGAAUGGUGAACACGCGUGGCGAAAUCAUUUUGGAUUCGGUCCACGCCGAUAUGGAUGAGGCGAGCCGCCACAUGCUGGUGCCGAACAUUCCCGGCGAUAUGAACAUCGCUUACAAGGAUAUAACCAAAGUCCAGAAGCACUUCAUGCCCGUCGAUGAUAAAUCGAUGGCCGCUUACAUUGAAGUGAUCGCCUAUAAGCACGGUGAUACUCAAAUCGAGGAUGUUGAAGACACAAUGAUGAGAGCAAUCGAAAUGAGUCUUUACGAUGUGAUCACCGAAUAUGGCUAUUUGAACACGACGCUUCUCGAAUCCACCGCGAGAUUGUCCCAUCAUCCGAGCUUCAACGGAAUGCGAAGCUUCGAAGAGGCGGCAUCGUCGGAGCCCGCCGGCGGAUUCCGACGAAGCAUUUGUAUGCAUAGUGUGGACUUGAGUUUUCCGAAGGCGUCGCUCACAAGGAACAGCUCACUUCCGCGGGACGUUCACGAGGGCAACUCGACGCGCGACGAGCUCGGCAAAUCGGUGUUCAUCAGCCGCCGCAACAUCUAUGGCAUUAUGAAAUGGUUCGAUUUUAUCUCGACGAAGCAGAGCGACAUGAACACGAUCACCAAGGAUACGAUCAUGUUUGAAUGUCAGCACACCAUCAUUCCGCCGCUGAUUGAAAUUCGGAAUCGGAUCAAAGAGGAUCUUGGAUCAGGCGAUCUCGAGAACAUCUUUCUGUGCAGUCUGAAGAAGAAAGAGGAUUAUGAUCAACAUUUUCCCAACUCGCUUCGUGAAUCAAGCCUGUCGCUUCACGGCGGAACGUGCACAUGCGACAACCAUGGCAAAUAUGAGAUACUUCCGAAUGAUCCGGAGAACCUCAAAGAGUAUCAAUACUUGAAAGCGGAUAUCGGAAUUGAUGAGACGAAUGGAAGUCCGAACGAGUAUCUGAUUGUCUCGUACAUGCGCGACGUGUUUGCGGAAUUGGCGGAAACGCAGAAUCGAGGCGAUGACAAGGUCGUCGAGUAUGUGACGUUGUUCCAGAAUCAUUUGCACGGCAAAUUCGAGCCGCUGAUCGAGACGAACGCGUUCGUGCCGAGACAACGAUUGCUGAUGGCGUUGGUGAAAGGCGAAGUGAUGACGAUCUACUUCUACAACUUCCAUCCGAACAUUCUGAAUGAGGUUCAGACGAGAGUGCAAAAGAUUGCCAGUUGGUACAACGCGAAAACGCAGCUCUUGCGCGAGAUCGGCCUUCAAAAGAUGGGAAUCACGCAUUUGUCGCCGCGCGCGGUCAGCGCGCAACCCGAAUUCAACUACGAGCAAUUGAUCUGGAAGGGUCCCGAGCAGCUGAUUCGCAAAUCGAUUCCGCCUGAGCGCGUCGUUUUUCCGACGAACAUGAACAAUCCGGAAUACUCGAACAUCUUCUUCCGAAUGUACCGACAGCCGCAAUUGCAGACGACGAUGGGAAGCUCGUUGAUGGUUUAUAAGAGCGAUUGUGUUGCGGCGAAUCAUUUUGAGCAGAUGUUGCGAUGGCGGAAGCUGCUCAAAAGGCAGUUGAAUGUUCAGGGCAAAAUCAAGAAGGUUCAUGACAUGUUACUUCAGAAUCGGCUCGAUAUUACGGAAAUGGAUCUUCAUCAGUUCUUGAAGCCACCACAACUCGACACGAGAGAAGAGCCUGAGCCGGAAUCGCAACUCGGGCAUGACGAUCUUCAGAAGACGACGAUUCACGGCACCGUUCGCUCGUUGACGCACGGCGAAUCGGAUAUUCUCAAGGCGAAAGGCGAGCUGAUUGUGAAACGAGUGGUGAAGAAGAAGCCGGUCGCCGACGAGGUGCACUCGAUUCAAAUUCCGAUGUUCAUCAUCGAGGACUGGCGUGAAUUGGCGGACGCCGCCGAUCAAUUAAACGGCGACGAGCCCGAAGAAGCGCAAGAAGCGAUGAUGGCGACAAGGCGGAAUGUGAAGGCGAAAUCGGAGGAAUGGGCGGCGAAGGUCGGCGAGGAGAUGACGGGACGACUGUUGUCGAUUGUCGAGAGUAAGCGGCUUGAGAUCAAUGAGCCGCGUCUGAUGCUCGAUGAGACCGCCGAUGUGAUUCAAGUGCACGAUGAGGAGUUCAAGGAGAAGAAGAAGAAGAAAGAGAGGAAGACGAGUAUUGGCGGGAAGAUUGGUGCAUUGGUGCAGCGGAUGAGAAGCAAUCCGGAGGCAUCGGCGCCGGCACCUGCGCCAUCGCCAUCGCCGCCACCACCGCCGCCAGAGCCGAAGGGCGCCUUCUCUCGUGCGCGAGCUUUCACAACUAAUCUGAUUGCUAGAUCGUUUAAGAAAACGCCGAAAUCCGAUGGAACUGAGCGAAAUGGUGUGGAAACCGGCGAGGACAUGCUGGACCUCGAAGGGCUUUCGUUCAACCGAAAAAUUACUCGCUCGUUUGGUCCCAAUGUGCUCGAAAUUGUGUUCGAUCACCUUCAAACAACGGUGGCGUUCAUUGAGAAAACCACCGGCUACCGUCAGCUGCUCGUCACCGAUAUUUCGGAUGCUUCGAUGCGAGCGAAUCGCUAUCGCGUCGAGCGCAUCGCCAAAGACGACCACCAACUGCAGCCGUACAUUGUGUUGUUCAAGGUGUUCCAAGGCGGAAUCGUCUUCAUUGAGGUCUCGUAUCAGCGUCCGAAUUUCUGCGUCAAAUAUUUUGUGUAUGAGCGCGCGAAACAUUCAACAUCGGAUUAUUAUAUGAUCGAGAAGAUGCGCAAACUCUAUGAGAAGGAGACGCAACAGCUUUACGACGAAAUUGAUCGAUUGAAGAGAUGCUGCGAUUUGCACAGCUUCCACUUUGACUAUCAUGUUCGACUCGUCGCCAAAUAUCUGCAGAAGCCGUUGGCGAGCAAAUCGUUGCUCGGCACCAAUUACAAUGUGCUGGAGCUGCUGACGUCGUUGCGCGACUAUCACUCGAGGCGAUUCAUCGAGAUUCGAUCGAACAACACGAUUCGAUUUGACGAGUUUGAUUGCACCGCGAAGGUUGGCACCAACUUUUGGACGUGCUACGCCGAAUCGAACAUGGAGAAGACGUUGGGAAAUGUGCUUCGAUUGAAGCGCAAUGUUGAGAUUGUGCUCGAUGAGCCGGAAGAGGGACCAUCGGAUCAGGGCGAGCAGCUCACCGAGUUUGACUAUAUGAUUGUUGAAUGCUAUGAUACUGCGGUGAAGAAUGAGAAGAUGAUUGCUCGAACCUAUUUCCUGUUGAAUUGCACACCGACGGACUAUGACGAGUACACGCAAUUCCUUCCUUACGCGGUUUUGUCGGUGUUUGUGGAACGAGAAGACGUCAACGAGGAGCUUCGCGAGAUUUCGUUCGAUCUCGUGUCGGAGCCGACGACGCAAACCGACAACGAGACGGUCUCGCGGCCGUGUCGUCGGAAGUUGGCGAGGAGAGAGAGGAAGCGGAUGGUGUGCGCGCCGAGGCGAAAGAAGACGUCGCGACGAAGCAGCGAGACGCAAAAGAGGCGAAUUGAGGAGAAGGCGAGGCGACGGAAGCGCAAGGAGGCGGAGAAGAAGAGUUUGCGCAAGCGCAAUGAGAAUCAUCAAUGCGAAACACAGUUUAUCACUAAUGCUACCGUAACGUUUGUUGAGCCCGAAACCGAUUAG